AUGGCCAGCAUCACCCAGCUGCUCGACGACCUGUGCGAGGCCCUGCUGCCGGCUGCGAGGGCUCACCUGGGCCAGCGCAGCCCGAGCCGCAGGAGGGCGAAGCAGAGCCUCAAGAGAGUGGCCUACAACGCUCUUUUCGCACAUCUCUUCCGAGAGGAGACGCCGAAGCUGCAGCCCGACCUCUCGAGUCUCCCGGUGAAAAACAAGAUCCUCAUGCUGUCCUUUGACUUGAGAGUGGGUGGCCUGGGCCCCGAGGCUGACCGUCUGGAGGAGCUUGUGGAGAAGCUCGAGGCAGACCCGUGCUGUCCGCUGGUGGAGGUGGGGUCGGCCUUGGACCUGCUGGUUCAGCUGGCGGGCAGUGGGCCCCCUCAGGUCCUGCCCCGAAAACGGGACUACUUCUUCAACAACAAGCACGUCGGGAGAAACGUUCCCUACAGCGGCUACGACUGCUACGACCUGAGUGUGUUCGAGAUGGACGUUCAGUCUCUGAUCUCCAGAGAGGAGUAUUUGUGUCAGGACAUGAUCCAGAAAGCGCUUCAGGUGAUGGAGGCGGCGCCGGGCACCGGGCUGCCCACUGCCCGGCUCUUCUCAUACGGUGACCCUUGUGGAGACAGGUUCGAGAGAGACACCCGGGUCUCGCUCUUCGGAGCCCUUGUGCACAGUCGCACAUACGACAUGGAUGUCCGGCUGGACUUGCCCCCGGUGCCAGACAGCGCAGACCUCGCUGGACUGGCCAUCAAGGUGCCUCAGAGUGUGGAUCCGUCUGAAGAUGAGGGGUUCCAGUCAGCAUCCAAUUUGACUCCCGACUCCCAGUCUGAGCCGGGCACAACCCCAGAGAUCGACCCAUGGGACGCCGUGCUCACCUAUGAGGCCAGCAAGAGGAGGUGCUGGGAACAAGUUGGCUGCCCCCCUGGCCACAGAGAGGAGCCCUACCUCACGGAGGCAGGAAGGGACGCCUUCGACAGUUUCUGCCGGCUGUGCCAAGGGGAGCUGCAGAUGCUGGGCGGGGGCCUGCCCCAGGCCGAGAAGCCUGUCUUGGUACAGGAGUGCGAGCUGGUGAAGGAUGUGCUGAACGUCUUGAUUGGGGUCGUGUCUGCCACCUUCCCCCUCUGCCAGUCGACUCAGGCCUUCAUCGUGAAGCGGGGCAUCCAUGUGUCGGGAACGUCCCCCGAGAGUAUCAGCAGCCUUCUCUCGGAGGUGGCCGAGUGCGGGACCCACUAUGCACGCCUGAGCCACUUCUCUCUGCAGCCUGUGCUGGACGCCUCAUGCAGCAAAGGCCUCGUGUUCCAGGCCUUCACCAGCGGCCUGAGGAGGUACCUGCAGUAUUACCGGGCUUGUGUCCUCUCCACCCCACCCACUCUGAGCCUCCUCACCAUUGGCUUUCUCUUCAAGAAGUUGGGCCGGCAGCUCAGAUACCUGGCUGAGCUCUGUGGUGUAGGCGCCUGCGGGGAAUCCAGGGCUGCUUUCCCCACUGGUGUGAAGCUGCUCUCCUACCUCUACCAGGAGGCCUUGGAUAACUGCAGUAAUGAGAACUACCCAGUGCUGCUGUCCCUGCUGCAGACCAGCUGCGAGCCCUACACACGGUUCAUCUACGACUGGGUGUACAGUGGGGUCUUCAGAGAUGUCUGUGGGGAGUUCAUGAUCCAGGUGAACCAUGAGUACCUGGGCUUCAGAGACAGGGCUUAUUGGACCCACGGCUACGCGCUCAUUUCCAAGGAGGUGGAGGACUGUGUGCCCGCGUUCUUGAAGCACAUUGCUCACGAUGUCUAUGUCUGCGGGAAGACCAUCAACCUGCUAAAGCUCUGCUGCCCCCAGCAUUAUCUCUGCUGGUCCGACGUCCCUGUGCCCCGGAUCUCGGUGACUUUCUCCCUGGAGGAGCUGAAGGAGAUUGAGAAGGACUGUGCCAUCUACCUGGGGCGCAUGGAGAGGGUGGCGCGCCACAGCUCCAUCAGCAAGGAGGAGAGGGAAUUACGAAUGGAAAUUGCUAAACAAGAGUUAAUCGUCCACGCCCGAGAAGCAGCAUCCAGGGUCCUGAGUGCGCUGAGCGAUCGGCAGAUGUCUGAACGGAUGGCCUUGGACGCCAGGAAGCGAGAGCAGUUUCAGAGGCUGAAAGAGCAGUUUGUGAAGGACCAGGAGCGACGCCGGGCGGCCAGGCAGGAGGAGCUAGACGACGACUUCAGCUAUGCGCGUGAACUGCGAGACCGGGAGAAGAGGCUGAAGGCCCUGGAGGAGCAGCUGGAGAGGAAAGCGAGGCAGGCGCUGGUUGACCAUUAUAGCAAGCUGUCUGCAGAGGCAGCUCGCCGAGAGCAGAAGGCGCUGUGGAAAAUCCAGAGGCACCGACUGGCGAGUGCGCGGGCUCGCUUUCUCCUGGAGGAUCAGGAGCGCAUUCAGGCCAUGCUGAAGGACCUGUCCGAGGGGAAGCCCCCUCAGCCGCCGACCGUCCUGCCGAGUGCAGGCUCCCAGGCCUUGUUUCCAGGCCCCGAGCGCCCUGAUGGAGGUGGCAGCUAUGAUUCUGGGCACGGGGCCGCCUGGGAUGGCCCAUGCAGGCCCAGUGAGCUGAUGCCACAGCCCCUCGAGCCUCCAGAGCUGGGAGCAGGCCCGCAGCCAGGGCAGGUGGAGGGGCCAGGGCCAUUCUCUGCAGGCCUCAGCAUCCAAGAUUUCCUGCCCACGAGCCAGGGUGCUGAGCAACCUGUGGAUACUGGUAUGGCCCCCGUCCUGGAGGAGGCACUGCAGACCAUCGGCUCAGAUCUGCCCCCCUCGGCUUCGUCAGAAGCAGCAGGCACAGGGUGCUCUGGGCCACAGGAGUACGAUUUCAGAACUGUCCUGAGGCCAUCUGUGGUCACCUCGACCCCAGGGCCUCUCCAGGCUGUAGGUGACAGGAGCAGCUUGGACUGCGAGGGGCUGCAGCUGUGGGGGGACACUCACGUGCCACUGGAUACUUGUGUCCCAGACGGGCAGGUAGCUCUGCCUUACCUACACCCACCCAGGAACAACCCCCUGCAGGAAGGGGGUAGCCAGGCCAUGGAGCAGUCCUGUGGGCAUGUGUCUGAGGGUGGUGGUCUCACUGGGAGUUUCGCUUCCAGAACAGCCCCCUCCCGGCCACUGUGGAAUGUUCAUGGACACGUGUCUGAUGCCAGCAUCAGGGUGGGGGAGAACAUGUGGGAUGUGGCCCCCUCCCGGCCACGGUGGAACGUCCACGGACACGUGUCUGAUGCCAGCAUCAGGGUGGGGGAGAAUGUGUGGGAUGUGGCCCCCUCCCGGCCACGGUGGAACGUCCACGGACACGUGUCUGAUGCCAGCAUCAGGGUGGGGGAGAACGUGUGGGAUGUGGCCCCCUCCCGGCCACGGUGGAACGUCCACGGGCACGUGUCUGAUGCCAGCAUCAAGGUGGGGGAGAACGUGUGGGAUGUGGCCCCCUCCCGGCCACGGUGGAAUGUCCACGGGCACGUGUCUGAUGCCAGCAUCAAGGUGGGGGAGAACGUGUGGGAUGUGGCCCCCUCCCAGCCACAGUGGAAUGUCCAUGGACAUGUGUCUCAGUCCCAAGUAAUACUAGGAGUCCCAGAGGAAGCCCAGCCUGAUACACCCAGGCCCCUUCAGAGCCCCCCUGACCAUGUGUCUCAGUCAGGCCUCAGCCUGGGAGCACAGAGUCCUGCCGGGGAAUCUGAGUCACAGCUGUCAGAACUGGCCUCAGACAGUUCCGACGCUCAGGGGGCUGGCUCUGGCUCCAGGGAGGAGAGUGGCCCCCAGCCUGAGCCGUCUGCUGUGGCCAGGACCAGUGCUCUGGAAGAUGGCAUCCCUGAGGAGUCAGGCCCGGGGGGGACUGGAGAUCCCGAGGACUGCUCUCCAAGUCAGCCUUCAGGCUCACAGGAAGGCGCAGCCUCCCAGAGCAGCCCAGGCCUCCACGAGAAGGUGGAAGAAGGUGCAGUGGCCGGGCGCCAGGGCAGGGAACAGGCCUACCUGGCCAGCCUGGUGGGACAGUACCGACUGGACCAGUACCCGGAUAGCUACGAGGCCAUGUCAGAGCCUCCUGUCGCUCGCCUCCUACACCACGGGCUUCCUCGGGCCUUCGCCCUCCCUGAGGACACCCGGGGCCCCCUGGACACGGAUGAGACCACGCAUGAGACCGCGGUGCAGCUGAGCGAGCUGCUGCCGCUGCCGGUGCUCAUGAAGCACUCUGUCACCGCGCCGCUGGCAGCGCACGUCUCCCUGGUGAACAAGGCUGCUGUGGACUACUUCUUCGUGGAGCUCCAGCUGGAGGCGCACUUCGAGGCCCUGCGGCACUUCCUGCUGAUGGAGGACGGGGAGUUUGCACAGUCCUUGAGUGACCUGCUCUUUGAGAAGCUGGGCGCGGGGCAGACGCCGGGGGAGCUGCUUACCCCGCUGGCGCUCAACGCAGCGCUGCGCAAAGCUCUGCAGCACAGCCUGCACGGUGACUCUCCGCUGGCGGCCAACCUCUCCUUCGCGCUCAAGUUCCUGCCCGAGGCCUUUGUUCCCAACGCUCCAGACGUGCUGAGCUGCCUGGAGCUCAGGUACAAGGUUGACUGGCCCCUCAACAUCAUCAUCACCGAGAGCUGCCUGAGCCGGUACAGCGGCAUCUUCUCGUUCCUGCUGCAGCUGAAGCUCAUGAUGUGGACGCUCAAGGACGUUUGCUUCCACCUGAAGCGCACAGCCCUGGUGAGCCCUGCAGCUGGCUCCGUGCAGUUCCGCCAGCUGCAGCUGUUCAAGCACGAGAUGCAGCACUUCGUGAAGGUCAUCCAGGGCUACAUCGCCAGCCAGAUCCUGCACGUCACCUGGUGUGAGUUUCGGGCCCGGCUGGCCACAGUGGGCGACCUUGAGGAGAUCCAGCGUGCCCAUGCCGAGUACCUGCACAAGGCCGUCUUCAGGGGCCUGCUGACAGAGAAGGCGGCACCUGUCAUGAACAUCAUCCACAGCGUCUUCAGCUUGGUCCUCAAGUUCCGCAGCCAGCUCAUCUCCCAGCCCUGGGGCCCUGCCGGUGGCCCCCGUGGCGCCGAGCACCCUAACUUUGCCCUCAUGCAGCAGUCCUACAACACCUUCAAGUACUACUCCCACUUCCUUUUCAAAGUGGUGACCAAGCUGGUGAACCGAGGCUACCAGCCCCACUUGGAGGACUUCCUGCUGCGCAUCAACUUCAACAACUACUACCAGGACGCCUGAGGCCCGCUCUGCGCCUGGUUCUGGAAUCACAGCGAGCCCGACUUUGCAGCAGCUGCAGUUCCCACUCCCGCCUCCACUCGGCUCCCGGGAAGACGGUGCCGUGGCAGCUGGCUGGCCUCACCUGUACU